AUGAAACAUAGAGCAGCUCGUCGACGAACAUAUCCACAAGUUCGCGAAACAACAACUGUUAUGACGAGUAAAUCAUUGCCUCAUCAUAAAAUCAAUCGAUCAUAUCGACCAACAUCAUUACAAGAACAAACAAUUGAAAAACAACAAAAAAGAUUUGAUACUGUUAAUCAAAUAUUAGAAAAAGUAUCGAGUAAGCCAGUGAAUAAUACAUUAAAUCAAAAUAAUAAUAAUAAUAUGUCAACUCAAAAUAAUGAUGAUGAUGAUGGAUCUGAAGUUUCAAUUGUUGGAUAUCUCAAGGCUAAACCAAUUAAAUUUCAAACACUUGAUGAUUUACUUAAAAAUUUUCCAUCUGUACGUGCAGCACUUUUUAAAAAACGAACAAAUACACCAGCAGUUACAUCAACUGAAACGAUUACAUCCCAUUUAUCAUCCUUACAAAUAACUUCACAAUCAACAAUAUCUCGUAUUCAAUCGACUAAAUCAGCUUGGCGUACACGUCGAACAUUUGCUUUAACUGACGAUGAACUUUCUCUUGUUCAAACAAUAUUAGUCGGUGAUGAAAAUGAAUCAUUUGGAUCUAUUGGUGAUCAACCUAUAACUCGUAAAGAUAUUCGUACACUUCGUGGUCUUACAUGGCUUAAUGAUGAAGUUGUCAAUUUUUAUUUGGCACUUGUAGCACGUGAAAGUGGUACAUCAGGAAAUUUACAUGUAUAUGCAUUUAGUACAUUUUUUUAUUCAAAAUUAUCUAAAGAUGGACCAACACAUACAAGUUGGGAUCGAUGGAUGAGACGAGGAAAUGUAGCCUUUUUUGAUUAUGAUCUUAUUCUUAUACCUAUUCAUCAAGGAAAUCAUUGGACAUUAACGACAAUUGAUUUUCGUUCUCGUUGUAUUGGAUAUUAUGAUUCAUUAGGUGGUACAGAUGAUAUGUGUUUAGGUCGUAUUUAUGCAUUUGUUGAACAUAUGUAUGCAACAAAACGACAAAUAACAUCUAUGCCUGAUGGUUGGCGUGUACAACCAAUGAAUAUGAUACCUGAACAAGCAAAUGGUAGUGAUUGUGGUGUAUUUGCAUGUCAAUUUGGAAAAUAUUUAGCACGUGAAUGGCCAUUAGAUUUUACUCAAGCACAAAUGGCACAAUUUCGUUUACAAAUGAUUUAUGAAAUUUAUACUAAACAACUUAUUGUUUAA